AUGUGGUUUAAUGGAAACAAGAAUUGUGUCUCGGAAUUGUAUUCUCUGUACGCUUUGAUAAUGCAAAUGAUUGGAGAGAGAAGCAUCUUUUAUUAUAAUCCAAAUAAUCGCGAAUGCAAUUGGAGCUGUUAUCAGCAACAGAAUUUCACCUCCCAGCCAACGUGGGUGUGGCACACACAAUUGCCACAUUAUACAUUGAAGGAACAACACAACAAAGAAUUCUUUGUGCUGGCAUGUCUAUCUGAGCAACUCUACAAGACUGAACUGGAGGGAUUAUUGAAGAGUGUAAGUCCUUUGCAGAAUGUCCGAGUGCUAAUCGAGCUGGCAAGUCUUAAUAAAGUUCCACAAGAGGAUUAUCUGGCCUUGGACAUACUCAAAUGUUUAUGGAGAAGAAGUAUGCUCAACUUGUUGUUGUAUUUUCAACAUGCUACAACUCCAUUAAAACUCUACAGCUACAAAGUAUUUCCACAGUUUACGUUAAUCCAGCAACGUUUGGAUUUUAUUAAAAAGCCAGAAGAUUUGUUUCCCAAUCAGCUGAAGGAUCUUAAAGGCUACGAAUUGCGAGUCUUGCAUGGUUAUUCUGAACCAAAUACGAUUCUCCAUCGCGAUGCCAGUGGCAAGAGGCAUCUCUCGGGUUUCAUGUGGCAUUUCAUAAAAACAUUUGCCAGCAAUCUUGGCGCCAAUUUAAUCCCAUUGCAUCCAACGUGGAGAGCAGGAAGACUUUUAUCCGAAUCGCAUAUUCUGGAGUUUACCAGAAAUGGCACCGUGGAUUUUGGUCUAGUAUCUGCGUCUGCGAAGAAUAUAUAUAAAAGUCUUUGCCUGGCUCAACUGUAUCAGCUGCUGAUACGACGCCCAGAGAAAACCCAUAUCAAUAGCUUUGAAGAUUUACUGGAAUCGGAUCUACACAUCUUUGGCUUAAGAGCUGAGUUUGAUAUGCUGUCGGAUGAGUUUCGGGCAAAAUAUGCGUCGGCUUUUAGACUGACUGACAGUCUAGCUGAGUUCUUUAGAAUGCGCAGCUCCCUCAACACCAGUUGGGCGUACAGUGUUACCUCGACCAAGUGGAUUCUGUUUGAGGAGCAACAGCGACACUUUCAACGUCCGCUCUUUCGCUAUUCCGACAUAUGUCUGCAUGGAAGUACUCCCGAUAGCAUUCUACUGACUGAUGAUUCUAUAUACCGGGGGAUAUUGAAGCUAUACACCAUGAGGACUCAGCAGUCGGGACUUCUCUUGCACUGGAUGCAACACAGUCUCUACGACAUGGUAAAAGCGGGAAAAAUGCAAUUCAAGGAUUAUAGUACACCGAUCCCAAUGAGUCCCUUGAAUGUGGAGGACUUUCGGCUGGCCUGGCGUUGUUGUUGUUGCGGAUUGUUUCUGGCACUGUUCGUGUUUGCUGUAGAGUUGCUGCGGUUCUAUGUCAAUGUAUGCCUGAAUCACUUGUAG